GGGCUGGCCCCAUCGGAGGGCUUCGCAGCCAUCUUUUUGCCAGCGCUGCUGUUGCUGUGUGGCUUGUGCCGGAUCCUGCUGCUCUAGAGUCAGUUUUCCGCUUGGAGGAAAAUGAUCCACAGUCUGUUUCUUAUAAACUGUUCUGGUGAUAUAUUCUUGGAGAAGCACUGGAAGAGCGUUGUCAGCCAAUCUGUGUGUGAUUAUUUCUUUGAAGCUCAGGAGAGAGCGGCCGAUGUUGAAAAUGUGCCUCCUGUCAUCUCCACGCCUCACCACUACCUCAUCAGCAUCUAUCGGGAUAAAAUAUUUUUUGUGUCUGUCAUACAGACAGAAGUGCCACCACUCUUUGUCAUUGAGUUCCUUCACCGUGUAGCAGACACUUUUCAGGAUUACUUUGGAGAGUGCUCAGAGACUGCAAUUAAAGACAAUGUUGUUAUUGUCUAUGAGCUUCUUGAAGAAAUGCUGGACAAUGGCUUUCCUCUGGCAACAGAAUCCAACAUCCUGAAAGAGCUCAUUAAACCUCCCACGAUCCUGCGCUCCGUUGUCAACUCCAUCACAGGCAGCAGCAAUGUGGGUGAUACUCUUCCAACUGGGCAGCUGUCAAACAUUCCCUGGAGAAGAGCAGGAGUAAAGUACACCAACAAUGAAGCUUACUUCGAUGUGAUUGAAGAAAUAGAUGCCAUUAUAGACAAAUCUGGCUCCACGGUCUUUGCAGAAAUUCAAGGGGUCAUUGAUGCCUGCAUCAAACUCUCGGGGAUGCCUGAUCUUUCACUUUCUUUUAUGAAUCCAAGACUCCUGGAUGAUGUGAGCUUUCACCCCUGUAUCCGAUUCAAGCGCUGGGAGUCGGAAAGAGUGCUCUCCUUCAUUCCCCCAGAUGGAAACUUCAGAUUGAUUUCCUAUCGAGUCAGCUCACAAAAUUUGGUGGCCAUCCCAGUAUACGUGAAGCAUGCGAUUGGCUUCAAGGACAACUCGUCUUCAGGAAGGUUCGAUGUCACAAUUGGGCCCAAACAGAACAUGGGGAAGACGGUGGAAGGAGUCCUCAUGACCGUUCACAUGCCAAAAGCGGUGCUCAACGUGAACCUUACAGCCACACAAGGCAACCACACGUUUGAUCCUGUCACCAAAGUCUUAACAUGGGAUGUUGGCAAAAUCGCCCCGCAGAAGCUGCCCAGCCUUAAAGGGGUGGUGAAUUUGCAGUCUGGAGCGCCCAAGCCAGAAGAAAACCCCAACCUGAAUGUUCAGUUCAAGAUACAGCAGCUGGCUAUUUCAGGGUUAAAAGUAAACCGCCUUGACAUGUACGGAGAAAAGUACAAACCGUUUAAAGGUGUGAAGUACAUCACAAAAGCAGGGAAAUUCCAAGUGCGAACAUGAGACUCAAGAUCCCUGCUUUCUUGGCAGAUCAAUUCUUGGGAUUCCCCCACCCCAGUUGAGGGGAAACAAGAUGACUUGGUGACUCCAGUUACACUAGAUGCCAGUUUUAACAGUUCCUAUUGAUUAGACUCAUUCCCAUGCACUACACCUCUUCAAAUUAAAUCAUAGUUUAAAUAGGUCUUUAUAUAUGGCUUUGAAAUUAACUUUCUGUAACAGUUCCCUUUUGUGGGCUGAUUGGUUAAAUGACUUGUGAUUGCAACUGAGGACUGUCUGCAGAGCCAGCUAACACGUUACACUGCCAAGCAAACUACCAAAGCACAAGAGGAAUGCAGGAACUUUUGGACACACACUUUGGGACAUCGCUGAAGGUAACUGACAUUCUUCUUAUAGCCUGUUGGAAAGAUUAUUAGGGCAUGUCACUUUCUAAAUCCUAUUCAGAAACAAAAGGGAGGGGGGCAGAGGGCACAGUCCUCUGGCCAGAGGGAUCUUCAGUGGUACGAACAAGGCUUCCCCUGCAAUGUUUACAACAUGCUGCCUUUCAAACCUAAACUGUUUUUUGCCUUACAAGCUUGUGCAUUCAGCAGACAAUCUGUAGCCAAUUCUGGAUUUUCUACAGUUUCCUUUACUUUGAAGGUGAAAAAUGUAUGGUAGUGGAGUCUUUGCAUUGUCCCAAUAGGUGCCACCACUUUGGAAAGUUUUUUCCCCCCUCUACGCAAUUUGUUUGUGCCAUGCAAACCUCAAGAGCAGCUUAACAAGGUUGUACUAUUUGUAAUGAAAUAAAAGGGAAUUCAGCUGUA